UGGAAACACAACACACAAUGUGCUGCCGCCACUGGGAGGGCGGACGGAUGCAAUGCAGAACUCACACCACACCAAACACAUCGAGACAGAGCACACGCUGUCUCCAGACGACAACAACAGAGAACGCAGCAGCCCCUGUAGUAGCAGAAAGAAGAGAUCCACCAGAAGAACCCCCCUCACUCCUCUCCUCUCCCUAGGACCGCAGCUCUGAAAUGGGCUGCUCCUCGGGACGCCAACCCCCGGCCCCGGUGCUUCAACCAGACCUGGACUGUGGCAGCAGCAUACCUUCGGAGUCCCCCCAUAGAAGGGACCUGGUCCAACCCCCAGAGUCUCUCUCCACACUAGAACGACUAGCCCAGGCCACUGGCGGCACGGAGAAGUCUUGGUACCGCUGUGUGUUCCCGUUUGGGGUGAUCUCCCUGGUGAUCGGUGUGGCGGGGACAGGGGUCACCUUCAUGUAUAACACGCCAGACCUGCACCAGACCAAGGUGGUGUCCAUGAUGUUGCUGGUGGUUGGGAUGGUCAUGCUGCUGAUGGCGGCAGUCUGCUGGAGGGACCACAGGCUGAAGAGAAGGAAGAAGAAGGAGGGAGGGUUCUUCUGCUCUGAACAGGGCACAUUGUGAGGUCUGGAGGAGGAAGAGGGAUGUAUGGAAUAGAGACACAGACAGAUGAAAGGAUGGAUGGAUGGAAAGGUUGAAAAUCUGUGAGGUCCAAACCGAUCAACCUGCCACGUGCUUCAGCAAGACGCUAGAUUUCAUUAUGGUGGAGAGGGUUGAGAGUUCCUAUAUCUUCUUUCUCUUGUUUGGAAAUAUAACCUCCUCCUUGACUUUUUAUUAGCCCAACCUCUGAGGAGGUUUACUUUGUUUUUCACUGUGUGGAGGAGGGAGGGUGGUGUUUUCACGGUUUUAAGUUCAGAGAGUUCUAUCAAUGGUUAACCGUAGACUCUGAUAACCUACUGUAGCAGUGAGAUGUCCCAUCAGAAUGAUGAAAUCAGACUUUGGAUGUGUACCAAAUGGCACCAUAUUCCCUACAUAGUGCAGGGAAUUGGAUGCCAUUUUGGCCCAGCAUUUUUGUCCACGCUUUUCAUUCAUAGUGAUUUACUAAUUUCUGCUUUCCACUUCAGUUGGCUUAGCAGUGUCCUAAAAACGAGGACAUCACUGGAUCUGCCACAGAAUGGGCUGAGAUGUUACAUUUUUACCAGUGGUUCUUUUUGCUGCCGUGUCAGUAAUAAAUUGUGAUGAAUUGA